UAAGUGUACACAAAAUGCAGGUCUGCUUCUAGUCAUAUAUAAGUCUUAUAAGCUGUUAUCUGCAUUGAAAUGAUAUUUGCUAAGAAUAAUUCUAUGUUAUGAUAAUUGACGACAGGUGCCUUUGCAGAUCUUAAUGAGAAGUAAGACAUCAUUAUUAGUCAUGGUAGUGAAAAGGUGUUUGACAGAAGGUGGUAUAUAAAUUUUAAGUAAAAACAUAUUUUUUGAGGCUUUCACGGACUAAAUUAUCACAAUUAAUACUUAACAACAUAUUAUUUGUAAUAUAUAUUCAUCAUUAAAAUAUGUAAAAUAUAUAUUUUUAGAUAUUACAGCAUAAAAUUUUGUUGUAUCUUCAUAAAGUACAUGUAUAUGUAUACAAAUGGUUUCACUUACCAAUAUAAAUCUGCAAUCCAUGUUAAUGUUAAAUGUAUUGCUACAAUCAAUAGAGUCUACUGAAAUUUCAGUAAAAGAUGAAGUCAGUUCUUACAUUAAAGGAAAUUUAACAUGCCCAUUACCGAUAACAACUUUGGAUUUUCUCUACAAUUUUUCACAAUCCGAUUUAGAAAUUGUAUGGCCUUGUGAAAUCCGUUUUUACUGGUUAUCAUUACAACCAUUUGUUAAAUUUGUACGCUUUUUACUUGGCUACGUAACACCAUUUAUUAUAAUGCUCGGUGUAAUGUUAAAUACUAUUUCUUUUGUAAUAUUAAGUACACCUAUACUUUGUGAAUCAAAUUUGUCACUUUAUUUAAAGGCACUUGCCUUAUCUGAUAAUGGAGCAUUAGUAUUUAAUUAUGCUGUAGGUAUUGCAAAGUCACAUUUUAUAUUUGUUAAUAAUCUUUUCAUGGCUAGUAGAUUUCUAUGCAGUUUGAAUUCUAUUACUAUGGAAUUCUUUCAAUUUACAUCUACUUGGCUAGUUGUAGUUCUCACAUGGACACGAGUAUUUGCUAUAAUGUUUCCUUUUGGAAUAUAUGGUCAUUAUAACAAUUCUUCGGGAACAAUAACUAUUACUAUUUUGAUAUGUGUCAGCUUUAUAAUAUCAUUAACAAAAUUGUAUUCAGGAGGCUAUGAAACAGACAGUGUUUUUGAAUUUAUACCAUGCCAAAAGAAAAUAAAACCAUGGGGUAGUGCUAUGUAUUUUUAUAUUGCAUUAUCAACUUGGUUACCUUUACUUUUUAUAUUUAUUGGAAAUAUUUUACUGAUCAUACUCAUGAAAAAAACUGAAAAAAUUCACUGUCAGUUAACUCAAAAUUUCAGACAUAAAACAAACAAAGUACAUCAUACUUUUAGAAUAUUAUUUGUAGUAUCAACUGUUUAUUUAGUAUUACUAUUACCCCUUGGUAUAGUUGAAACUUUGGAACUUUAUUGGGAUGUCAUUUUGAUUAAAUUUCCCGGUACUGAGAUGAAAAGAAAAGCGGAAUAUAUACACUGGUUAAAAGAAAAAAUGUUAUUAAAGUGGUGCCGCGGUUUAUGCUUUCAUAUAUAUCAUUGGAAUUUUGCAAUUAAUUUCUUUUUAUAUUGUCUGACAGGCGAAAAAUUUAGAAACAUAGUCAUACAGACAUUAAAACGAUAUAAAAUUGUAAUCUUUUCAAUCUUUUCUAAACAUAUCAACAAAUGUAUAUUGUGUUCAAAAUAUCCUACACAUUUAAAACCCGCACAGUCUCCGAACGUAUUACUAAUAAGAGCUAUCACGCUUGGUGAACAUCCUACCUCUGGAAGUGUUUCUGCGCAAAAUAAUAGUACCACUAUUGCAAACACUUAAUGUAAAG